ACAGUAUCUUUGACGCGACCACCCCAAUGAGCUCGACGAAGAUGCAGGCAGCGGACACGGCCCCGCCAGACCCGACGCUGUUUCAGUACACGAACGCCUUGAAGCAGUUCAUAUCCCCUACCACCAUUCUACCGGAGAAGGCCACUGGGCCAGUGCCGACCAACAAGUGGUGGGGAAACCUGUUGAGUUUGAACGCCGCAGGACGUCUGGACCCAGUGUACCCGAGCCCGUAUGCCGUCUUCAUCGACAACGUAGCCGCGACGAUUGCGUGCAGUUACUUGUACGACAGCAUGCAUCAAGGUCCCAUCAACGUGAAUGGAGCCAUCAGCUACUACUACUUCCCGCGAAGCUCAAACUUGAUCUUCUCAUGCCAAGCCCCGAGCGUACAGUUUUCCGUGGAAGACUGGGAUGACCUGACAGUGCAAGUGUCUUUGACCAGUGGCAGCAGCGCAUUCCUUCGAUCAGUCAUGGCGUUGGGGCAAGCGUAUAUGACUAUUCAACACGGCGACGUUCCCAUCUGCCUCUCGUCCGAGAGCGGCAUCGCGGCUGUGGACGGACAGCCCUUUGGCGACGGCUUUUUGUACCAUGGCCAGGUUGACGUGGGAAAGUUUGUGGUGACGUUACACAACGGCCAGCGGUGGCUAGUGUGCUGGAGCAGCCCCGCCAAGGGCCAGGCGUUGACGUUCACUUGUGACAAACAAGUGCUCAAAUCAGGCGCCCACUUCAACGGCAUAGUCCAGGCCGCCAUCGUCGCAUCCGACGACGCGUUGCAAAUCCUCGAGCAAUAUGCAGGCGGGUAUGUGCACCGUGGAGUUGUGACAUGCGAUACUGUACAUGGCUUUCAGUACCAUUGGGAAACUCGACGUGCAGCGGUGCAGUCGCAGCAGCCGACCAAGGCAUCGCCCCCCGUCCUGCACUUUGUGCUCGAACACCACAAGUCCAUCCUGACAUUCCACAGCCAGGCCGUCGUCCCCGCCUUGACCCUGCACUCGCACACACGGGGCCCCAUGACGGCGUACUUGAUCGACAGCGCGUCUGGCAACAUAUGGGACUUUGCAUUUUCAGAACAAGACGAACAAAAUGUCGAGCGGUGUGCGCAGUUUCACGCCCCGCGAGACCCGUCGGUGCAAGAUAUUGUGGAAAAUCGCCUCGUAGACCAUCUCCAGGACGAAAUCAACACGGCGGCGACGUGGACGCUGCCACCGGGGUACUACUUCAAGGGCAAAGCGCUGCAAAAGUACGGCUCGCUGUGCCUUCUCGCCGCCAAACUGGCCAGUUACAAGGAAUUUCAGACCCAAGUCGCCCCACUUGCGGCGACUGCGCUCUCCAAGCUGAAACAACUGCUCGACACUGCCAACGAGUUUCCGCUGUGUUAUGACGUGGUGUACAAGGGCCUCAUCACAAGCGAAGUGUUUGUCAAGCACGAUGUGAACGUGGAAUUUGGCAAUGCCGUGUACAACGACCACCAUUACCAUUACGGGUACUUUAUCACAGCGGCGGCGAUGAUGUAUCACUUGGACCCGUCGUAUAUGACGAAGAACACUCGGUUGUGUGCGUGGAUUGAGACGCUCGUGCGCGACGUGAUGAGUGCGUCGAUUGCAGACGCGUACUUUCCCCGCUUUCGGCACUUUGAUUGGUUCUUGGGCCACGGGCUGUCGCAUGGAGUCACGAGCGUCGUCGACGGCAAGGACGAAGAAAGCACGUCGGAGGAAAUCAACUGCUGGUACGGCAUCGCAUUGUGGGCGGCCGUGACGGGCAACACCAGCUAUGCCAACGUGAGCCACGUGCUGUUGAAGCUGGCGGCGCUGUCCCACCGCACGUACUUCUUCGUGUCGAAGUCGAACGUGACACACCCGCCAGAAUUCCGCAAGAACAAGGUGUCUGGCAUCCUCUUUGAGAACAAGUGCGACUACACGACCUGGUUCAGCGCCAGUCGCGAGUGCAUCCACGGCAUUCAGAUGCUGCCGGUGUCGCCCGUGUUGGAGUUUUCGCGCCCGCUGUCGUUUGUGGCCGAGGAAUGGGCGGAUGUGCUGUGCAAGCUCGAGUUGCCGCCCUCGAACGCGUGGCAGUCGCUGCUCAUGGCCAACUACAGCGCGAUCUGCCCACGGACGGCGUGUGCGCAGCUGCAGCACUGCACCAUGGACGAUGGCCUUAGUCGCGCGUAUGCGUUGUACUAUAGCCUCACGCGACCAUCUAGUUAGUAGUGGUUGACACUUCAAAUCUCCCAAGAAGUGAUUAACUCCUCCCAAUAUAUAUAUAUUAUACCUUCA